AUGCAACGCGCUGCCAUCUUUUUAAACCCCAACCUUGUGGCAGAGUCGCAGAGCUCUUCCCUCUUCAUUUGUCGCAUCGUUGCAUCUCAAUUUAUCACGAGUCGCGAAGCGCCAACGAGUCCUAUGAGUGAAUUCGCUCACUUCGGCGGUUCUGACGAGGAGUACGCUUCGGUGCGCAAGCACCAGGCUGAGGUGGAAGCGGACCCCGACAACUUUGACAGCUGGGAAAAUUAUAUCAAGUCUAGCGAGACUCUAGAUGGCGGACUAAAUCGAAACUCAAGCCCCCAGGCGCUGGCUACGUUUCGCGAAGCCUACGACCGUUUCCUCCACAAGUUCCCGCUUCUGUUUGGAUACUGGAAGAAGUAUGCGGAUAUGGAGUUCAACAUUGCUGGGCCGGAGUCAGCAGAGAUGGUUUAUGAACGAGGCUGUGCCUGUAUUAUCAACUCCGUCGAUUUGUGGACCGACUACUGUUCCUUCAAAAUGGAAACGACUCACGACCCCCAGAUUGUUCGAGAUCUUUUCGAACGCGGAGCAAGCCUGGUUGGUCUCGAUUUCCUUGCACAUCCCUUCUGGGACAAAUACAUUGAGUAUGAAGAGAGGCAAGAAGCGCACGAUCGCAUCUACGCUAUUCAUGCUCGGGUUAUUCGAAUUCCAAUGCACCAGUAUGCUCGCUACUACGAGCGUUUUCGUAACCUAGCUCACACUCGGCCAUUGGCUGAGGUUGUGCCGGCUGACGUUCUCAGCCGAUUCCAGGCCGAAGUCGAGGCGGAAUCGGCAGCUCAGGGCGGUGGUGCACGGCCCGAGCUGGAAGUAGAACGGGAUGUUCGAGCCAAGAUCGACGCCAUGUACUACGAAGUCUUUACCGCCACCCAGCAGGAGGUUUCCAAGAGGUGGACCUAUGAGUCGGAGAUCAAACGACCGUAUUUCCACGUCACCGAACUAGAACACUCGCAACUCAACAACUGGCGCAAGUACCUGGAUUUUGAGGAAGCCGAAGGAGACUUUGACAGAGCCGUCUCCCUGUACGAGCGGUGCUUGGUGACGUGUGCCUUUUACGACGAGUUUUGGUUCCGAUACGCUCGAUGGAUGGCUGCACACGACGAUAAGGACGAGGAGACACGUCACAUCUACAUUCGAGCAUCUAUUUUCGUACCAAUUAGCAGACCCGGCAUCCGAAUGCAGUGGGCAUACUUCGAGGAGAGCUGUGGCCGAAUUGCUAUCGCCAUAGAUAUUCACGCAGCGAUUCUUAUGAAGUUGCCAGACUGUGUUGAAGUGGUCGUCUCAUGGGCCCACUUACAACGUCGUCAGAACGGGCUGGAUGCUGCCGUCCAGGUGUACCGAGACCAGAUUGAUGCGCCAACGGUAGAUCUUUACACGAAGGCUGCAUUGGUGGCCGAGUGGGCACAGCUGCUGUGGAGAGUCAAAGGUUCAGCCGAGGAUGCCAGAGCCGUGUUUCUCAAAAACUCGCAGUGGUAUGGCGACAGUCUCGUUUUCUGUGAGAAAUGGUUUGAGUUUGAGUUGGACCAGUCUGCAACUGGUGACGAAGAAAAAGAGACCGCCGAACGCAUUAAGAAUGUGUUUGACGAAUUCCGUACUAAGAGCAAGUUGUCCAUGAGUGUCAAGCGCGAAUUGGCCAGAGUUUACAUGAGCUACCUCGUCCAACGAGGUGGCAAGGACGCCAUGGCGAUUUUCUUGGAAGUCGACCGAGAGAUGUUUGGACCUGCCUCGAUAUCCUCUCCUACCAAGUCGACCGUCAUUUCCAAGGAAAAUGGCACCGCUAGCGGAGAGUUGGACGAAGUCAGCAGACGAAAGGCAGAAGCGAGACUGCUCGCAUUUUACGAAGUCCAUGCCGAGCCUAAUCCCGCAGCCCAGGGACCCGCGGAUUUCAACUAA